AUGGUGACUCCAAAACAUAGUUCUCAAAAUUUUGCAAUAAUGUUUCUUAUUUUCUUCAUCACAAUUAGUGCUUACACAUCAUUUGCUUCUCAACCACUAGACAUUGAAAUCAAAUGUGGAUCAUGUCCUUGUGGUAAUCCUUGCGGCGAGCAAAUGACCCCGCCGCCGCAACCUCCUCCUACACCACCACCAGAAUCGCUACCACUUCCGUAUUCCUCUCCACAGACUAAUAAUCCACCACCGCCGCCACCACCACCAUCAUAUCCACCUCCACCGCCUCCACGAUCGCGACCACCUCCAACACCACCUCCGCCGAGGUUCAUAUACGUAUCGGGCGAGCCUACGGAAGUAUACUACUAUUACUCUGCUGCCCAAAACAGAGCUGUUGGGUUAAUGCUGGUUUUAGCUUGCUUGGGAGCAAAGCUAAUCAUUGAAUUUGGGUAA